AUGGACAAAGGAUGGCCAAUUUCUGAGGAACUCAUGGAGUUGUGUUUGAAGGAUCUAGAAGACAGAAAAGAGAAAGCAGAUGGUAACAGAAGGACCGUAGAGCAGGCUGCUAAUGAUCUGAAGGCCCAUGCCGUUAUGAGCAAAAGGCUCCUGUCAGACAAAGUGACUGAGCUCCACUUACUAGUUCGGGAAGAGGAGAAUUUGGCAAAAAACUUCAUUGAUGAGAAGACUCAGCAAGCCCUGGAAGCACAUGAGCAGCAGUUGGAGUCCUGUCGAGAAAUGCUUGCAGCCCUGGAGACCUGCUUGCGUCAAAUCAGAGAAAUACAACAGUAUAAUGAACCUGUUCAGUUGCUGGAGAAGUACACCGAAGUCGAGAAGGAAAUGCAGGAGCUCAGGCAGUUUUUAGAGUGGCAUCCAAUGCCUCUCUCGUUUGAGCACGUACUUAACCAUUAUAAGCACUUUGUGACAGUUCUUCAGUCUGUUCAACAGAAACCACUAGAAGCCCGUCUUAAAGAAAAUGUUUCCGGUAGCCUUAGUGCCACUGCAAAGAAGGAGCCUGGAACAGUGUUGAAAACCAUGUCUCCUAUUGAUCGGAUGCUUUUCUUAAAACAUGCAAGAUCACCAACCUGGGAAUAUGACAGCCUUCACCCAAGGCUGAAAUUGUCUGAUGACCGCCUUGUAGUAAGCUGUAACUGGAGAAGGCUAUUUUACCCUUGUGGACCCCAGAGAUUCGAUAAAUUGUGGCAAGUGCUAAGCAGAGAUGCAUUUUCCUCUGGGAGCCAUUACUGGGAAGCUGACCUACUUCAUGCUGGAGCAGGAUGGUGGAUUGGUGCAGCCUACCCUUCCAUUAGCAGGAAAGGAGAUUCUGAAACCUGCUGACUGAGCUGGAAUAGAGCAUCUUGGUGCCUGAAAAAGUUUGAUUUUGAAUACUGGGCGUUUCACAAGGGGGAGAGAAUCCCCAUCCUGAUAGAAGAUGAUCCUGAUCGCAUUGGCUUCUUGGAUUAUGAAGCAGGAAUUCUUUCAUUCUACAGCGUUACUGAUGGCAUGGCUCAUCUACACACCUUCCGCUGCAAUUUCACAGAACCCAUUUACCCAGCCUUGAGGCUCUGGGAAGGGUCCAUUGGGAUAUGCAAACUAACAUAA